AUGCGGAAGUACAGAGGCAAGGUUCUGGUGCCCUAUGCCAAGCGGACAAAGCCGGACGAUGAUGGGGAGGAGAUCAUCAGGCAUGAUAGGAUGCCUGAGGAUACCCCGAUGGAGCUUGUUGAUGACGUAAAGGUGCAGCUCACGCUUCAACAAGACGGUCUCCGGCUCCAGGACAUGCCCAAGGUCGUUCGUGCCCAUCCGAAAUACGUGGAGGUUGCCGUUCGGCAGAAUGGCUUCGCCAUCGCGUUCGCCAGUCCCGACCUGCAGGUGAACGUGCCGAUCAUUGAGGCCGCGUUGACCCAAUCUGGUGAGACGUUGGAGUUGCUUGCGGACGAGUUCCGCGCGCAAGAGGAGCUUGUCCUAGCAGCUGUACACCAAAAUGGCUGCAGCCUGCGGUUUGCUUCUGAUGAGCUUCGAGCUGAUCCUGAUCUUUGCCUUGAGGCCGUGGGCCAAAACUGGCAAGCCAUCGAGUACUGCGAUCCUGCGCUGUACACCAACAGGGAUUUCAUGUCAAAGGCUGUCACGGCGAGCUGGCGCUGUCUGUCCUUCGCCCACCCGGACCUGUGCAACGACAGAGCUGUGGUACAGGUUGCUCUCAGGCAGAGCUGGCUGGCAUUGGCCCACGCCAGCGAGUUCUUGCGAAGGGACAGGAGUUUGGUGGAGGAGGCCUUGGACCGAGGCGCCUGGCAGGUCAUGCUCCAUUCGGAUGCAGCACUUCAGAACGAUCGCAGCCUCGUGCUGAAAGCACUGAAAAGAUCCGGACAUGCGCUCCAAUGCGCGUCGCCGCAGCUCAAGGAUGAUGAGGAGCUGGUGAGGGAAGCCUCUCAACGUGAGCCGUUGGCACUCGAGCAUGCGUCAGAGCGCCUCCGCGAUCGUGAGGACCUGGUCCUACCGGCGCUGCGGAUGGAUCGCUGUGCGCUGAGCUGUGCCUCCGAGAGAUUGAGAGGCGACUCGGAUUUCAUCAUGCGCUGCGUCCAGAGUGAUGCAAUAUCUGAUAGUCCGGUGAAGGCUAACGAAGACAUAUUGUUGGCCGCAGUUAGCUCUGCCCUCAGCGCGCCACAGUUGGGCACAUCGCUCUCGGAACAUUCCCUCUGUGCCAAAGCAUAUCGCACGAGAAGAGAAGCGAUUCGUCACAGAGAAGCAGCCUGUCAAUCAGAUUUGUCUCUGUCCGUUCAUUCGUUCGAGAAGCAAUUGCUUUACAGCGUGUCGCACAUCAGCGCUGCAUCGUACUUUGGUGACUCUCUCCGUGGCAGGUUUGACAGUCCGGCUCUGGAUGGCAGUGGAGCAAGUUGGUUGGACCCCAAGAAGGAGCUUCGGAGAAAUGCUGCGCAGAGCGAUCCGAUGAGGCGAACGGGCUCGCAUCCCAGCCUCCGUCGGAAGAAGCUCGAUGCCAGCUACGGCCGGCCGAAGGGGAAUGCUGGCUCUGAGUAUCGGAAGAGGAAGCUUUCUGCGCUUCUUCGCCUGUGCGAGGUUCCAGGCAUGGCCAAACAGGGAUGGAUCCUGCGAGCUUUGUCCACCGUCACAUCCAGAAGUAGGAAGAAGAGCGCGGGCUCUUGCACGGAUAUCGAAGAGGAUGCUGAGGAGAAGGCGGAGGAACCCUGCCUGCCGUCUGCACCUUCUUCUGCGCUCUUUGCACAGGAUGCGUACAGCAUGCCUUCGGUGGGAGGCUGCGUAAACAUCCAGCAUCCCCACAGUAAGAAUUUGCUGCCCGAGGAGGUUGUCCUUUUCGAGCCUUCGGUGGAAGAGAUCUUUGCGGAUCGCACAGGCACGCCUCGCGGGACGCGGCUGAUCUUUCUCAACACGCCGCUCUCGGAAGCUGAGGUGCAAGCCCUGGCAGCCUUGCGCAAGGAGUGGGCUGCGCGACGCAGCGGCCGGGAUGAUCUACCCGAGUUCAUCCGGCUCAGCGCUUUGCGGGUGUUGCAGCACAAGAAGUUCGAUGUAUCCCGGGCGAUAGACCUGAUACAGACCUGCCUGGAGGAGCGCGUCCGUAGGCUGCCGCUUCAGGAGGCAGACAUCUUGCAAGACUUGAGUUGCGGCGCCAUGUAUUGGCAUGGCAGAGACCGCAAGUGCAGACCCUGCCUGGUCGUCCGCAUUGAGCGCUUCGCUGAUCUCAUCAAGGACAAGGAGAGGUGUGUCAGAAUGACGAUCUUCGUUCUGGAGUAUGCCAUUCGCUAUGCCAUGGUUCCUGGCCGGGUCGAGAACUGGGUAGUUCUGGUGGAUUUCGAGAACGCAUCGGACGUUGUCUCCUUCUUCCAGUUGCCAACAAUGUGUCUCACUGCAAAGGCUCUUUCCCAGACACUGGAGAGCGUGUACUGCUGUCGCAUGGUAUGGGUGAAGCUCCUGAAUCUGCCAACGAUCUUGCGCAGCAUAGUGCAGAGCGUCAUACCUGCAGAGAAGAAGAAGAAGGUUUGUGCUAUUGAGGACCCUUCCAAGGAGCUUCUGAAGUACUUUGAGCCCAACCAGCUAGAGGCGGAGCCAGCUGAAGCGUUGCAAGCGGCAGCGGCGCUCAGUUCGAACUGA